AAAAAAGAUUUUGGUUGAUAGAUUAAUGGGAGAAAAAUUGCUGGAGAAACGUGGGUUUUAAAAUGUCGGCGCGGCAAUACGGACAUUUGUUGGACGUUUUGAGCUUGAGCCACUCGAUGAGGCAGUCUUCGUGGAACACGUGUCGGCACUUGGCUUGGAUCAUGUCCUUAGACGAAUCGUACUCUUCCAGGCAGAUGCAGCAGCAACUGUCUCCAUCAGGCGGUGGCAUCGCGGACGGCGGCGGCGGCACUGACGACAAGCCGCUGCAUGUGUUACGCCACCACUUCUUGAGCCAGUUGCUCUCUUCCCACUCCUCCGCGGGGUCCUUUCGCCACUUGAGCUCCUUGCGCAGUCGAUGCCGCAGCUGCUCCUUCUUCUCGUUCAUCUGUUCGUCGUACAAGCGCUUCUUGACCAUGAAAUCCUGCAGCAUCACUUCCACGUUCGCCUUCGUUUCCGCGAAGUUCAAGUACCGAUCUACCGCGCGGAGGAGACUCCAUUGCGCCAACGCCAAGGCAUCCGGGGUGAUGGCGGGACCGAAUAUGGAUAACGUCUCGUAGAACGGAUCACGGGUGUGCAUGCGUGGGUUGUUGAUGCGAAUGCUCUCUAUCGUUGUUUGGAGGCUCAGGUUGAAGUGGUCGCUGUGGCCAAACCAUUCGAAGUCGGUCAAGUCGGUCGUGCGAGGCGAGACCUCUUGCGUGAUCGCUAACACGGCAUCCCGGCACUCCACCGACAACUCCGUCCAUCGAUCAAACCGUUGCUUCACCACGAACCGAUGGAACAGGUACACCACGAGCAUAAGUAGCGGGAGGCUAAACACACCCAGGAAGCUCACAAGCACCACAACCAGGACCCAGCACACCUGCUGCACGUGCGCCGACGUCACGUCGCCAGCCGCAGACACUCGAUACAGCACCCACGAUUCCAUUCCGCCGGCGACCUCCUUAUUUGGUGCCGAAGCUCCGAC